AUGUCAAGGGCAUCGCGGUGCACCCGAAGAGAACUAGCAUUGAAAGAGGUCAAAAGCAGGUUGUUUCCAGUCUCCAGGAGGAGACCACCGACGAUGCCCUUGCUCGACGAGGUUUGGGGAGUUAGCAAGACGUCAGAUAUGAAAAGCAUUGACGAGGGCAAGCUGCUGGAAGGAUUGGUGGGAGCUUGGAGGAACCGACUGCUGGAAAGUGCUUCCGGCAUGAAGACAUUGCCACCCGCUGCCAAGAAGAUCCUGGCCACAGUUCGCGAGCAAUAUGCAUCCCCGUGCGCCCCAGGUGGCAGCCUCGAGCUCGACACUGUGGUGGGCGGGGCAGAGGCGGCGAUUGUGGCACCCAUUCAGGCAUUUGCUUGCUCGCAGGAGAGAGAAAAGGGCGAGACAGCCACCAAAAUGGAAGGCUGGCGAGGCCUCACAUCCUCCAAGUUUGAGUUGAAAGUGGUAGAAGCUGAUCACAUGGAUUGCCUGUCAGCAGCCGAUGGCAAGAUGCCAGAGCUCAUUGCUUUGCUAAUGGAGGACAUCAAGAAGAUUCUCCCUCCAGCCGCUGCGUAA